GCUUCUAAAAAAUAUUUUUGCCUCAUUUUUGUGCAGCUAUAGUAGAGUUAGAGUAUUUUAGGCAAAAGACUGCCAUCAGAGAGACUGUGCAACGUGUCUCCACUGGACUACGAAAAAACAAUGCUUCUGUAGACAUUUGAUUGAGGAUAUCCUUUAGAGACUGGAUUAUUUUCCUUCACACUUUCCUGAUUGUUGUGGGCUAAUGAGUGAAAGUGAGCAGUUCCCAAAGAGGUCCUCCAGACUGGAUUAUCAGAAAUACUUUAAAACAACACUCUGGAAUAUACACUAAAGAAUGAUGUGCCUUUUUCAACUGAAUUUCUGUGUAUUAAUCAAAAUCAUUUAAAAAAAAAAGAAAAUGCUGAGAAGAAAAACCAUUCAUGUAGCUCUUUGGGUAGCAUGUGGAAUAUUGAGUACCGUGGUGGUAGACACAAAGGAAUGUAGCAUUAAAGUUGUGAAGGCCAUUUCUACCACAGACUCAAUAUGCAUCACGCUGGACAACGAAGAUGUGAAAUGCCAAUACACAGUUUCUGUCAGGGACCGACACAAUGAUUCAAAAGACUGUCAUCAAGACCAGGAACAUUUCACACAUUUUGAGUGCAAAACUGAGAAUUUAGAUCCUGGAACGUGGCAUCAGCUCGAUAUAAUAUCAAAAGUGGAUGAAAAACAACAGACUCAACACACUGUCUCCCUGCCAACUAGACCUUCAGCAGUGGAAAAUCUCUGGGUUUCUGGGGACACAAACAGCUUGGAAGUUUCAUGGCAGCCUGGUCCAGGCAAAACAGAGCAAUAUCAGAUCAAGCUUAUAGACAGCAGAGGCAUUGGUUCUAUCUGGAACACAACAGUUGUUAGCACAGCAACCUCGUAUACAAUAAAAGGGCUGAUUCCUGGCCGACUCUACAAUGUCACUGUCAUUACAGAGGUUGGAGAGCUUCAGAAUUCAGCGUCUAGACAAGCACAAACAGUACCAGCUGCUGUUUCUAACCUCAGAGUGGAGAACAAUGGUGACCAGAACACCCUCAGAGUUCUGUGGGAUAAAGCCUCUGGUGAUGUGGACAGUUACCUUGUCAGUCUGACAUUACCUGGUUCAAACUCUAUUGAAAAAGCCUUGUCCCCUAAUAGUACAGAUGUGGUGUUUGACAGUUUGAGUCCUGGAAAGACCUACCAAGUAUCAGUCAGCACCAGGAGUGGAACACUUUCUAAUAAGACAAGGAUCACAGUAAAAACUGAACCAGGGAAGGUGUCAGAUCUGGUGAUGGAGAACCUGUCUGAUCGUGGUGCCCUAAAGAUCACCUGGACACCCCCUUCCGGAGAAUGGGAACACAUCCGUGUGGUGCUUUCAAAUGGAAGUGAAAUCCUUGCUAACCAAACUGUGGACAGAACGGCAAAGCAAACACUCUUGUCAUGGCUAAAUCUGCAUCCUGGCAAAGUGUACAGCGUGGCGGUCAGUGUAGAGAAUGGAGGCCUGGCUAAUACGGUCUAUUACGAGGAGGAAAUAGGUCUUCUGCCAGUAUCUCAACUGCACAUUCGUCAUUCAGACGAGACCUCCCUAAGCGCUCUGUGGGUUCACGCCUCUGGCUCAUCAUCCCGCGAUGGCUACAUCGUACAGCUUUUCCAAAGCAACACAUCUACAGCUAUUCAGACACGAACCUUGAGCCGUGGUAUGAGAGAGUGCACCUUUAAUGUCCUCACGCCUGGUCGCCUGUAUGACAUUACUGUAACCACUACCACGAAGAACCUGCGUAGUUCUGCUACAGUAAUGGGAAGAACAUUACCUUUAAAGGUGAAUCAUCUGAAGCUAAGUAACAAGGGGAAAUCAGAUAGUCUGAGUGCAAGCUGGGAGAAACCAUCUGGAGAUCUGGAUUUCUACAACUUAGUGCUGUUACGAGUUGGAUACACGGUGGACAACAUUUCUGUUUCAGCAAACACAACCUCCACCCUGCUUCCCUUCCUCAGACCCGGUGCUUUAUACAAAUUGCUGGUUACCACUGUCAGCGGAUCACAGACCUCCAAACUAGCUGAGGCUGAAUGUCGUACAGUGCCCGCUGCUGUUUCUGACAUAACCGUCACUAACAGUGGUCCAGAUUUUCUGAAUGUGUUGUGGAAGGCAGCAGAAGGAGAUGUGGACUAUUACAUGGUGAUGCUAAAGGACCAGGAGAAGAUUGUACACACACUCACUGCGUCUAAAGCAACCGCAGAGUCUGUGUUCAGGAGUCUGGUUUCUGGCCGACUGUACACCAUCUCCAUUACCACACACAGCGGCAGUUACAGGAACCAAACACUUGUACAGGAGAGAACGCAGCCAUCCACCGUCCAGAACCCCGCCUCCAUCCACUCAGCCAGAGAUGACUUUCUAAAGGUUUACUGGAAUCACGCAUCUGGGGAUUAUGACUUUUAUGAAGUGGCGAUCGAGUAUAACAGCACACGUCUUCAAAGUCAGAAGCUCAAUAGGACACAAAGUGAAUGUGAGUUCAAUGAUCUGAUUCCAGGAUGUCUCUACACUGUGACCAUCAGCACCUGGAGUGGCCAGUACAACUCGACUGUCUCUAUACAUGGCCGAACAUUUCCGGGUGCUGUGGGUAAUUUGUCCCUAACAGAGUAUGGAACCAGUUUUCUGAGAGUGAACUGGGCAUCUGCACCAGGAGAUGUCGAUAACUAUGAGGUUCAGAUUCUCUUCAAUGACACACAGGUGUCACCAGCUGUGAAUCUGAGCAGUACGGUUAGGGAACACAUGUUCUCCACGCUCACACCAGGUCGGCUUUACAAGAUCGUGCUGUCUACUCACAGCGGGUCAUACCAGCGUGCAGAGAUCUUUGAGGGCCACACAGUACCCAGUCAGGUUCGGAGUGUUCGUCUCAGUGCUGGCACCACAGACAGCAGUCUCAGAGCCUCUUGGUCCUCUGGUGAUGGAGACUUGGACUUUUGCUCAGUGUAUCUGUUUCAUGAGACACAUGUCCUGGACAUCAGACAUGUUCCUAAACACAUCACACAGACAGAAUUUCACAACCUGGUACCUGGUCAAAUGUACUCAGUAACUGUGCAGUCGGUCAGUGGAACGCAGACGAAUAACAGUACAACUAGUGGCAGAACAGACCCCUCCACAGUCACCAACCUGCGGGUAGAUAAUGAACUCAGCACACACAAUCUGUUAGUGAGCUGGACGGCAGCUGUGGGUGUUUGUGAUGGAUACAGUCUACAGUUACUAGAUGAGAGUGACCAAGUUAUCGCCAGCGCUUCUGUACACUUCUCCGUUACUAACAACCACCACCUGUUUAAAAAUUUAACUCCAGGAAGGUGGUACACAGCACACAUUCAGACACUCAGUGGCACUGCCAAAAGCAAGGACAUCACUGCCGACGGACAAACAUGUCCAGCAGCAGUGACCGGGCUAUACAUAUGCUCCAACAUGAGCACUGAACUUUCGUUCUGCUGGGCUGCACCGGAGGGAUGGGUGGACAGGCUUGAUCUGUAUCUGUACGAUCAGGUUGAGCAAAUACAGUCCCACAGGACACUGGGAGAAGAUUCUCUGGGCUGGUCCUUCACACACCUGCUGCCGGGGACGCUGUAUAAGAUGAUGAUCAUCAGCAGGAGUGGGAAGCUGAGUAGUCAGUCAUCUAUAUGGGCACGUACAGCUCCUGCCUCUGUAAUAAAACUCCAUGCUGAGAAUCAGGGUCAAAUGGACAGUCUUCUUCUGAGCUGGAUGCGUGGUCCUGGAGGACUUACUGGAUAUUCAGUCACUGUAGAUGGCUUUGAACAGCGGUUGGGUCCAGAGAGCACACAGGUGGUCUUCCAUGGGCUGGUUGCUGGUCGGCUUUAUUCUGUUACCCUUCAGAGCUGGAGUGAAGAUCUGACCAACACUACGACUGCAGUAGGGCGUACAGUUCCUGCACCGCCAUCAUCGGUGUCUGUCAGCAGUUCUACCGGCUCAGUGGAGAUAAAGUGGCAUGUCCCAGUUUCAGGAGACUAUGAUGAUUUUGAAGUGACAUGGUUUCCUCAGGACACACUUCAUGUUUCUGUUCUUCAUCCCACUUGGCGUACACUGGAAGGACUUUGUCCAGGGCGGCUCUAUAAUAUCAGCCUUCUGACUGUCAGUGGGACGAAACAUGGUCCUGUGACCUACAGCAGUCCUGUUUACCACACAAUCAGAGUCCCUCCACAUCCAACUCAAAACAUCCACUGUUUUCCCCUGAGCUCCACCUCUGUCUCCUGCUCCUGGGCACACCCAGAGUCUGAUUACGACUCUUAUGUUGUGGAAUGCUGCAAACAAGGGUCCAGGAUGCCAGUGUACACCUACACACUGGGACAUGAUGCUCUCUCGCAGCAUUUUGACAGGCUGGAACCCUUUAGAAACUACACCAUCUAUAUCACAGUGAUGUCUGGAGACAAGCAGAGUCCAACCACAAAAACCAGCGUUAUCACUAUGAUCGACAGGCCCCCUGUUCCACCGGUGACAGUACGGGUCAGUGAGCAGUCCACGAUCAUCAACCAUUUCACCAUCCUGUUUAAGUUCAACUGCAGCUGGUUCAGUGAUGCUAAUGGAGCUAUUCGUUUCUUCACAGUAAUUGUCACUGAGUCAAACGAUGUUGAUAAUAUCCUCCCAGAGCAAAGACAUCCUUUGCCAUCUUAUCUAGACUACAGACAAAACCGCUCCAUCAAAGCAUACCAGACCGGCUACUUUCAUAGCCUGUGUGCCAAGGGAUCUGACAGCAAGAUCCGUGUUUUUGAGAUAAACCUCGGAGCAGGGAUGAAACGUCUAGGGGGAGCUUGCAAAUGGGAUCCAGAAUCUAUCCAACAUGGAACGCAUUUCUGUGAUGGGCCGCUCAGACCCAGAACCUCAUAUCGAUUAAGUGUCCGUGCCUUCACUCAGUUGUUUGAUGAAGAGAACAAAGAAUGUGCGCAUCCCCUUUACACCAACACUUACCUUUCCCUCCCAUUAUUAACUCAAUCAGCACCACGAAAUGGCCUCACAGGAGGAAUCACCGCUGCUACGUUUCUAGUCGCCAUGAUGCUCGCUCUGACUGCCUUACUCAUUUACAGAAAGAGGGCUCACAAAAUAGCCGUGCAGGAAAGUCCAGUGAUGAAAAUGUGCAUGUGGAAGGCGCUGCCUACCUCACAGAUGUGCUCAGGCAUAAGAAGCCCAGUCCAAGCAGCCCAGUUUGAGUCUCAUCUUGCUAAACUUCAAGCUGAUUGCAGUUACCUUCUAUCUGAAGAGUUUGAGGGCCUAAAGGACGUGGGACGGACCCAAACUCAGAAUGCUGCACGUCUACCUGGGAACCGAAGCAAAAAUCGCUACAACAAUAUACUGCCCUACGACUCAACGCGGGUAAGACUGUCUUACUUGGAGGAUGACCCCUGUUCAGACUACAUCAAUGCUAACUGCAUACCUGUCUUUUUUCAGGAGGGUCAGUUGAGAUACCCCAGGAUGGUGCGUCAGUUCCAUUACACCAUUUGGCCAGAUCACGGUGUACCGGAAACAACCCAAUCACUCGUUCAGUUUGUGCGAACAGUCAGAGAUUACAUUGACAGGACAACCAGUCCUGGAGUCACUGUAGUACACUGCAGUGCUGGUGUGGGCCGAACUGGCACUUUCAUUGUGCUGGAUCGUGUUUUACAGCAACUUGACAGGAACUGCACAGUGGACAUUUAUGGAUGCGUGUUUGAUCUACGCCUGCAUCGCUCAUACAUGGUACAAACUGAGUCUCAGUAUGCUUAUAUCCAUCAGUGUGUGCGGGAUGUUUUGAGGGCUCGUAAACUUCACUGUCAAGGAGAUAACCCUCUUUUCCCCAUCUACAACAACUUGUUAUAAAGGUAAGUAUGUGUUUGUUUCACUUAGACUUAUAUAUCCAUAUU